UCAACAACCGCCCGCCGCGCGCCCACUGCGCGACCCCACCCUGUUGAACCGCCCGCGCCCAUAUUAAUAGCCAUGGGCCUCUUGGGGACGUCCGUCAUCUUCGCUUCACUCAUCUACCUCAUCGUCUACCGCCGCGACUGGCUGCUCGUUUCGAUGUUGCAAUGGCUCGGCCUCCGGGGGCCCAGCAGCCCCCCGGCCGAAGGGGCCCUACACGAGAAGGAGGGGAUGAAGAGGGAAGACACACAACCAGUGGGCGACACGGCGCCGAGGAUACGCAACGAUUCAAAGGCGAGUAACGGCAGUGCACGAAUGCCGUCGUCCGCCGGCGGACCGACGACAACGGGCAACGCGCGGCGCGACAUGCUAGCCAUGCCGCCCCCACCACUUCCCCCGACGAUCCAGCCGCCGACCAUCGACGAGCCCGAGAGCCCGACGACGCCCAAGGCUUCUGCCAGUCGCCCUCUGCAACCCGUACCGACCUUCACGCUCUCCGACGAGCCCCCCGCCACGCCAACGUCUACGGGCAUGAUGCCCCCUCCUCCGAGGCCAUCGCGCCCCUCGCCCGGCGGCCGCGUCCCGACUCUUCCGCAGUUCCCAGCCGCCAACUCCGCCCAGCGCGCCCGCGGCCCUGUUCCCAACCGCGGUCCCCCCUCGCUGUCCCCCGGCGGCCUCGCCCCUCCGCCCACGCACUCCUCCAAGCCGCAGAAGCCCUCGCGCAAGAUCAUCCUCGAACCAGGCCACUCGCCGCUCGACUGGGCGCGCAUCUCUGGCCCCAACGCGGACCUCCGCGGCCUGGACGCCUCCACGCCCUUUCUGCGCGUCACUCCGUCCAUGCUCAAGCGCCAGACGGGCCGCAAGGGCAAGGACGCUUGGAUGGCCAUCAACGGAAAGGUCUACAACGUUACGCCGUACGCAAAGUUCCACCCCGGAGGUGUGCCGGAGCUGAUGCGCGGUGCGGGCCGCGACGGCACCAAACUCUUUGGCGAGAUUCACCCCUGGGUGAACUACGAGACUAUGCUGGCGGCCUGCUUGGUCGGGUUGCUCGUGGAAGAGCCGGAGGCUGGCAAGGAAGAGAGCGAGAUGGACAAGAUGGACUAGUUUGCGACUAGACUACCGAUUUGUACCCUGAUGAGCCUGGCAUUGCAUAGACAUACCGACUAGAGAGAUACCCCUGGGCGAGAGAUGGCAGAGUUGAAUGUAAAUCAUAUACUACCUAGGUAUUUAUCCAUGCUCACCGCGAUCAUGCCACUAGGCCCAUAUCCAUCUCUCUCUUCCUGAAGCCUAUCGAAUAUGAGGAGAGGAAACCAACACCCGCAUCCCACCGCUCAAACAAGUCUAUGGCUUCACAUGCCGUUCUAUACAUUCCACUCAAUGCCAAUCUCUUACUGCAUCCG